CACUCUAUGUUUCUCUCUCUAUUUCUCCGAAACCUAAAUUGGUGACGACUAGGGUUUUCAAGAUAUUCGCGCUCUAAUUACUCACGAACGCCUUCAAAUCUUGAUAUCUUAAGCAUGAAUAGCAAUGAUGAAAGGAGCAUUGUCUCGGUAGAUGCUGAUAUGAUUAUUGGGGGAUGUCGUGCUCAAGGCAACAAUGUUGCUUCUGGACUAAACUCCAGCAGCUCAACCAUUAAGAUUGAUUCAUUAUGUAUCGAACUUGGCAUUGUCAAGGAGAAGGGUGAUGUUCAAAAGUGUAGGCAUUUUUCUAUACGUGGUUAUGUUGCUGAGAUGCGUGAAAAAGGUCGCAGCAACUUGCUACCUUUUAUUGAACAACUGCCCCCUAUAGAUGUCCCGCAAUUUAGAUAUUGGCUUUGCCAAAGGUGCUUACAGAACUGUGGAUCAAAUACCUCACGUGAGACCGCAUUAACCUCUGUCUGUGAUCAAAGCAUGGUCCGGCCUUGUGCAAAGUUAUCUAACCCUCAACAAGAUUGUAAUCGAGUAUCUGUGCUCCCUUUUGGCGAAGGGACUUCAGGUCUUAAACCUGUUGACAAUGGGAAUGAUGAUAAUAGCAUCCUUGCUGGUUUAGGAGCCGCUGACGGUCAAUUUUCUCAAGAAAUCCCUGCUAAAGAUGCAGUUCCUCAAGAACCAACUAAAUUGUGUUCCAUUGACACUAAUGUUGUUGCAGAGGCAAAUGCUGGUGUGUCAGGAGAGAAAGAGAGCAGUGGGUUGAGAGAAUAUGAGGAUCUCCAAAAAACUAGCAUAGUCAAGGAGAUCACGACUACUCUUGUGGACCAACCAUUCCAAUCCUGUCAACAUAAUGAUUACCCAAAUGGACCUCCACGACGAAAGGCUCGCAAAGUGCGUCUGUUGAAAGAGUUGCUGUCUGGAAAUACUAAAAACCAGCAACAGAAAAAGGAAAUUUCCGCCCUUCGCUUGGGUCCAAGAGCAUCUUCUCCGUCAGCAGCUUCUCCCCAGAUUAAAAGGAAGAUGGUUCAUGAUCAGGAUCAGAGAUCUGUCGAUAUAACCACUCCAGGUUAUGUUGGUAAAAAGGCCAAAUCCUCGAAGAACAAUGUUGUUGCGAAAACCAGCGUGGUUGAACAUUGUAGAGAUCCGGGAGCUGGUGAAGGUGGACAAGAGACCAACAAGUAUCAAUGGCAUAAACAUGCGACUCAGAGGAGUUCAGUUCUUGAUGAGGUCGGUAGUGAUCCAGUGACUGCUUGGCGAUCGAUAUUCAGUGAUAUGGGAAGAGGAGACGAUCAGGUUACAGCUGCCAGUGGUGCUUCAAGACCAACUUACGACAUCUCUAAAGGCAGAGGAACUGAACCCUACUCCAACUUAAUGGCUCCUCCACCACAGCCCGACAAGAACUUUAAUGCUUCUAAGAAGGUGUCAAGGAACCCUCUCAAAAGUAAAUUCUGUGGAGAGGAUUCAAGGAAGAUAAAUGUAGGUGGUUCUAGAGCAAAGGAUAGUCAGUCGGACACAGAGUUAGGACUUGGUCUCUCUCUAAAUCAUGACCCACAAGCCCAGGUUCGUCCUCUGCCAUCGAUAUUGAAUCGAACUCCCAGCCAAGAUCAUGGUAGAAGAACUGAUUUCUUCUUGGGAGAGUCGAGUAUUCCACAUAGGGUCCCAUCAGAUUUGAAAUCAAAGGAAGGAUAUGUUCAUGAUGUCAGCAAUAGACAUGCUCCCAGACCCGCACUCGUGCAGGAGCAGUGGCCUCUUACACAGCUUCAAUACGGCAGUUGUUCCGGGCAUCAGAAAUUGGAUUUCUCUGAUCCAUACAAGAGGAACAGUGGAGUUAGAUUGUAUUCAGAUGUAAUGAGGCCUCAUAAUCAUGAAAGACAAGAAAAGAUGUUUCCGAUCGGGAGGUCAGAUGAAAGGGAAAUUGCUGAGCUUAUGGCAAAAAAUCAAUACGAGAGGAGUUUAUGUGAAGCGAGGAGUCAUCACCGUCCACCUGGUGGUAGCAAUAACAGUUGGAUAAUACCGAAUACAUCGGGUUUUCCAAAAGUUGGUAUGAAUGAAAUGUGUUUACAUCAAGAAUAUCUGAGCAUGAUACGGCCUUCAUCUUCAGUUGCAACGAUUUCCAUGAUGCCAACAAGCGAGAGUAUGGGUCCCACCUCCAUGAGAAAUCCAGCCACAGGCUUCUUCCAUCAAGACCAGGUUUCUUCGUUUGCGAUGUUUGAUGCUUUUUCACAGUGUCAGAAGCAACCGUCAAGUGGGAUUUGGAUAUCGAAUUCUGGAACUCAACGACACCAUGAUCCAUGUUACCAUCAUGUAUCUAAAGGCGGAAAUAAGAAGAUAGCCGAUGCCCACCGCUAUACAACCACCAAUAUGCAGGUCUUAGAAGCAUUCAGCCCGUAUCGAAAUGGCACCAACGUGUCAUUUGGUCAAGAAUAUGCAAAAUGCUCGGAAAAGGAUAAGGGGAAGAGCAUCAUGAACUUGGAUUUAAAUGUUGUGGCUCCAAAUGUAGUUGAAGAACAGAACAAUUCGGGAUCUUUAGAUUUGACAUCGAGGGAAUAUCGUAGUCCAUAUCAUCCAAAAGAACAGAGAAUCGAGCCGAAUUCGAAGCAUAUAUCUUCGCUAGAUUCUUCAUAUUCUAACGAAGCCAUACCCGCAAUGCAAUUGCUUAGCUUGAUGGAUGCAGGGAAGUCGAGUCAUCAUCCAUUUAUGGACGGGAAAAAGUUCACAAGACCUCUUUCUCCGUGUUACAAUCAUUGCAACUCAACCAUGGCUGGAAAAACAAACCCGAUGGCAAAUUCUUGCUUCCCGUACUCUGGGAUGAGACCCGGUGUACAGAAGCCCAUUGGAAGCUCGACCCACUUCUUUUCGGUUCCUGAAAGUUCUUCAUUACCUGCUGGUAGAUUCCGAACUGAUCAAGAUGUUAAGUUGCCCUCUGUUAACGGUCACCAAGUUUAUCAUAAACCACAAGAGGAGAAAUCAAGAAGUACGUAUUCUCCUUCAUUAAGCCACGGAUGCCGACCUGAAGAUGCGUACGUUUUUCCGCUUCCAUGGCAUGCAACUGAAGAUCGAAGUGGACGGGUCUCAUUAGGGGCACAAAGAGCGUUCGGGCCAAGAGUCGACCCACCAGGAACAACCAUUUGCACAAUCAACCAAAACCCGGCUGAUUUUAGUACACCCGGGCCGGAAAAUGAGUAUAUGAUCGAUUACGAAGAUCUAAAACUAAGAGGGGAGAGUUCUUUCAAGAGAAAAUCUGCAUCGGAGAACCCGAAUGGACCAAAAAGACAAAAAAGGCCAUGAAAACCUGAGAACUGGUUGUAAUGCAUACAUCAAUCUUGAAUCUGUUUGAAAUCAGAUUGAUGGGCUUGAAAAGAUUUGUGUUCUGCUACUGUCAUCAAGAAAAUCUUGCAGAGUUCACAAUAAGCAAAAGGAGAUGAUCUUCAAACAAACAUGAUUUGGGAUAUGAAUGCAUUUUUAAGGUUCUUGUUCUUCACAGGUAUGGCCUCCUCCCUUAUACUUAAUAUUA